AUCACCACCGAGAGCCAUUCUGAGAUUAGCUUCCGCUGAAACAGAAAGUAGCUUUCCGCGGAAUACCGAACCCACAGUGACUGAAAAAAUAUGGGACCGAACCUAAUAACUCUUGUGAUUCUCACUUACUCAUAUACAGCAUCAAUAUCAGCAUCAACAGUUGCCGGUGUAGAGAUCGUUACUCGUUUCGACCAUACUACAAAAUUGCCUUUCGAAGGUAUUACAUCUCGGGACCCAGUAAAUUACGUUGUAAUUCAUCACAUGCCAAAAUCAGGAGGAGCAGCACAAGGAGCUACAACACCCCAGGCAGCAUAUUACAGCCCUGAAUCCUGUAAAGCUACUACGGUCCAUUCAGCACAAAAUGGGCAUAUGUCAAAUAAUAGAUGGGACGAUAUCGGCUACGAUUUCCUAAUCGGAGACGAUGGAAACAUUUACCAAGUUCGAGACUUUAACUCGAUGGGGUCACCUACCCUCCAGCACAACACCCGAAGUGUUGGCAUUUGCAUGAUUGGAGAUUCGUCAGAUUUGAAAUUAUUAGCGAAGUUGUUCAACAUCCUCAAAAACUUUCUGGAAAACGGAGUUGCAAAUGGAUAUAUUGCUAGAAACUAUCAGCUAAUUGGACGAAGUCUGUUGGAAACGAUUCUAUUUCCAGCUUUGCUGCCCAACAUCAUGAUGGCAUACGUAACACGUGAAGAAUGGGGCGCGAAACCAGCGAAGCUUGUGGAAAAAUUUAGAGGACCCUCACCAUACGUUAUAAUUCACCAUUCCUAUCAGCCCGGGGCAUGUUUCACAACGGACGACUGUAAGGCUGCCAUGCGAUCCAUGCAGGAAUUCCAUCAGAUCGGUAGGGGUUGGAAUGAUAUUGGAUAUACAUUUGCUAUCGGAGGCGAUGGAAAUAUUUAUGAGGGACGAGGAUUCAAUGUGGUUGGAGCACACGCCCCAGGCUAUAAUAAUCGAAGUGUUGGCAUAUGUGUUAUUGGCGAUUGGCGAUUCAAACUCCCACCGCCAAAUAUGCUGGAAGCUGUUCAUAAUUUGAUUGAUUACGGAGUCUCAAAGGAAUUCAUAGCUAAGGACUUUAAGUUGUUGGGUCAUCGACAAGUAAGGGAUACGGAGUGUCCGGGAGACAGGCUUUUUGAUGAAAUUACUACUUGGCCACAUUGGUCAGCGUUCCCGUCACAGAGCAAUAAAAAAAUCAACGUAUGAUUAGCAAUGCAAUCAACCCUCUCUGAUGUGUAUAUAAUUAUCGUAGUUUAAUUAAUUUAUUAGCUUAGAAUAAAUACAUAUGUCAGGUAGAUGUAAAGUCAAGUAAAUGAUGUGCAUACACUUAAGCUGUAUAUAAAUAUAAAUACAAAAGAGAAGA